GCGGCGGGGCUCUCUUUCUACUGUCUGGCCAUGGCUGCGAUUAAAGCCAUAAACUCCAAGGCUGAGGUGGCCCGGGCCCAGGCGGCCUUGUCAGUCAAUAUAUGCGCCACCCGAGGGCUGCAGGAUGUGCUGCGGACCAACUUGGGUCCCAAGGGAACCAUGAAAAUGCUUGUUUCUGGUGCAGGAGACAUCAAACUCACCAAAGAUGGCAACGUACUGCUCCAUGAGAUGCAAAUUCAACACCCAACAGCUUCCUUGAUAGCAAAAGUGGCAACAGCCCAGGAUGACAUUACAGGAGAUGGUACUACUUCAAAUGUUCUAAUUAUCAGAGAGUUACUAAAACAAGCUGAUCUUUACAUUUCUGAGGGCCUGCACCCUAGAAUAAUAGCUGAAGGAUUUGAAGUUGCAAAAAUAAAGGCACUUGAAGUUUUGGAACAAGUUAAAAUUAAAAAAGAGAUGAAAAGAGAGAUCCUCUUAGAUGUGGCUGGAACACCUCUACAAACUAAAGUUCAUCCUCAACUGGCUGAUGUGUUAACAGAGGUUCUAGCUCAGAAUUCUGGUUAUGACCUGCAGGAAACACUAGUAAAAGUUCAGGUUGAGCAUUCAGAAUCAAAACAACCUGUUGGCAUAGAUUUGAAUACAGGUGAGCCAAUGGUAGCAGCAGAUGCAGGAGUUUGGGAUAAUUAUUGUGUGAAAAAACAACUUCUUCACUCUUGCACAGUGAUUGCCACCAACAUUCUCCUGGCUGAUGAAAUUAUGCGAGCUGGUAUGUCUUCUCUCAAAGGGUGAUUGAGUUCAAAAUCAACUCUUCUAGAAGCUGAGACUUAGCACAUCUUACAUCCAACUACCAUUAUAGAGCCUGAGCCAUUCUUAAUUUUUACACAAUAAAUGCAGUUUAUAUUUGGUGGUCUUAUAAGUCUCGAAAGUAUUUCAUCAAGGUAUAAAGAACACAAGAAAUACUUUCACAGUAAAUAAUAUUAAUGAAAAUAUUUUUCCCUCGAAGUUCUA